CGGAGGCAGUGUCCGGCCGGCGCUUGAGCCUGCACGGCCGCCACCGGGGAUGGCGGGGCCGCCGGAGCUGGAGGGAGCGGCGGCGGCGCCGCCGGAGGCGGAGGAGUUGCUGUCGCGGGGCUUCUCGGAGGAGCAGUUUGGGGCCGCCUGCCGGGAGCUGGACCAGCCGGCGCCGGCCGCGGCGGGGCCCUGGCAGCUCCUGGUGGAGACCAUGGGUGUGCGGAUCUACCGGCUGUACCACCAGCAAUCAGGACUUUAUGAAUAUAAAAUUUUUGGUGGUCUUGCUGACAUUUCCCCAAAAUUGUGUGCAGAUGUCUACAUGGACUUGGAUUUCAGAAAAGAGUGGGAUCAGUAUGUUAAAGAACUCUAUGAGGAAACAUAUGAUGGUGAAAAAGUAAUCUACUGGGAAGUGAAGUACCCUUUUCCUCUCUCAAACAGAGAUUAUGUCUAUAUCCGGGAGUGCCGGGAGAUGGAUGUGCAUGGGAGGAAGAUCUGGGUUGUGUUAGCAAAAAGUGUGGUGGUUCCUCAGUGCCCUGAGAAGCCUGGUAUUAUCAGAGUUAAGAGCUAUAAACAAAGCCUGGUAAUUGAAAGUGAUGGCAAGGCUGGAUGUAAAGUCUAUAUGUACUAUUUUGAUAAUCCUGGUGGCAUGAUUCCAACCUGGCUGGUCAACUGGGCUGCCAAGAGUGGUGUGCCUGCUUUCUUGAAGGAUAUACAAAAAGCUUGCCUUAAUUAUUCUAAGAGCAGAUAGGUGUUGAAAUCGAUCUUAAUCAUUUAAUUCCUAGAUCUCUGCUCUUACAGGAGCAGAUGUUAUAUAUUAUACUGGAUAAAAUCUACCUCUAAUAUUGGAAAAAAAUUUAUUUUAGUUGAGUUAUGCCUUGAGGUUUAUUAGAUUUUUUUUUUUCCAUCUCCAAUUGAAGAGCUGGCCACUGGCAAGGUAGCACCAAUAUUAGCUGCAGCUUUUGAAAGUACUCACAUUUGGCCUUGUUCUCCAUGCUGUGUUUAUGCUGGUUGUCAAUUAGAGGAGUUCUGUGAUGGAUAUGUUACAUCCUUGCACAAGAGACAACAGUCUUACUAGAGAAAUGUCUGAACUUGGACUGCAGAUUAUGUGCAUGUGUUAUGCCUGGAUCUGCUUUUGCUACCCAAGUUUGUCAUUCUUAAACUCUCUGCCUGAUAUAAACCUAAAAAAUGCUGAGGAAUGAGGUAAAUUAGAAGAAAAGUGCAGUAGGAGGUCUGUGAUGCUAAGCUCCCUUAAAUCCAGCUGUAAAAAGAGCAAGCCUAAAGCCUUGCAUUCACAGCUCCAUACUUCUCUAUGAAAUGUAAAAACCUUUAUUUGUGUCCAGCUAGAAGAAAAAGGAGGUGACUUCUUGCAUGUCUGAUUUAAGGGGAACAAGUUUUAUCUUCAGAGUCAGUAGCCUUACCUAUAAAACAGCUUGGACACCAACUUGAAACUGGAGUUUUAAAAUUUUAAAAUGGGUGCUUGCCACUGAAUGUGGAUGAGCUUGAUGUGGAACUUGGGCUUGCUUGCAUUUUUAAAUUUCAUGCUGAUAUAAAGAGUGGAUGGUGACACACUAAAA